AGGCCAAUGAAGACAGCGAUUCUUGCGAUGAGCUGAAGACUUACAAGUCAGUCCCUUGUGGCACAGCAGCAGAAUCAGCAUUUCUAAGACCUGACCUAAUAAUCUCCUUACCUGCGACAACUACAACAAACUUGAUCACAUCAGAAACACAGACACUCGCAUCGAACUCAGCUUCACAACGGGACCCAUCUGAUGCCCCGCGGACAAACAAUUCUGCAAGAACUCCUGACUUUGCCCCAGAGAGUCUUUCAGUAGAUAUCAACAGACCAGGCAGUAUCCACCCUACGCCAGCAUCUGUCGGCAGUAACUCUGAUGCCUCUCGCCAACUGGUGGUUGAACCAGCUUGGAUAGGCCAACAGGAGCAGACAGUUGAAGACGUAGAAGCUGAGCUUGGUGCUGUAGGCGGAGCCUCCCUUUCAACAAACACUGGGCACCAGGUCCCUGUAGUUCCUAAACCUUCCACAACUGCGUUUGUCGGUGGUGUGAAACAAUCCGGUAAAAAACAUCGAACAGCCGACCCUGGCGAAGUCGUUGGUGAUGGGAAAAGAGCAAACAAAGAAGAUCAAAUAAAACAUCAUGGAAUCUCGUUAUCAUCCACCUGCCUGGCAAUUCAAACAGAUGGAUCUGGUGACCUCAUUGAUCAGGAUCCCUCAAAUGAUAAUCGCAGUGUUAGGGCUCACAGUGUCCCUGUGGAUAACUUCAAUUUAGAAGGAGAAAGAGCCGGUCAGUUCUCUGGAGCUCAGACAAAACGCUUGAAGACAAAUAGAAGAAAACAGAAGAGUAUCUUCUUCUCCGAUACCAGCUCUGACUCAAGUUCGUCAAGUGGUCAAGAAAGGAGAGCCAGACCAGGGGCAGUCAGCAAGGCAGGAAAAAACAAGAGAUGGCUGAUGACACGAUUUCUGAGGUCAGUCAUUUUCUCAGAUUCUAGUUCAACUGAUGAUAGUGACACUGACAAAAAAUCAGGGCGAACGGAGCAGCAAACAUCAAGAUCUACAGGCAACCCGCUUGGAGUGAUAAAGUCUAGUAGCCAUCAGCUUAGUGCUACAAGUUCUAGUAAUCAUCAGCCUAGUGCUACAAGCUCUAGCAGCCAUCAGCCUAGUGCUACAAGUUCUAGUAUCCAUCAGCCUAGUGCUACAAGUUCUAGUAGCCAUAAGCCUAGUACUUCAAGUCCUAGUAGCCAUCAGCCUAGUACUUCAAGUCCUAGUAGCCGUCAACCAAGUGCAGAUUCUGUUUUUCAAUCAGGGAGUCAAAUUAAGGGCCCAUGUGGAAUAAACAUAGGCUCAGAUAUUUUAUUGGAAAGCAAGCCUGGUAGGGCGGCACGGAACAGUGAUCACCUACAAGAACAAAGAGAGCAUCAGUUGUCCUCCAGUGUUGGUAUUACACAAUCACAGCGCAACUACAGCAGAGAACUUGAUAGUCCUCGUCUACAGGAAACAGGCGACCGCCAGCCAUUAGAGAGCAGCGUUCAAUCAUCUCUGGAUUCAAACACAGUGCUCAAGGAACCAGCUAGCCCCCAACCUAAAAAUUCAAGGCUCAAGACAGGAAAGAGUACAAUUAAUGCUGAACAUUUUGAGGUACCUUCCCUUGAUCGUUCAUUAGGUUCAGAUACAGCAGACGUUCUGCCAACAUUGUAUGACAACCUGAAUGGUUCAGCAGGCCUAAGUGACAAUUCAGUACAGUCAGUUUAUGACAACACUAUAGGAGACCAUCGUGGAGCUUGCACACCGGUUCUUCUACGUGACCCUAACUUCAACCCUUGUCAACAAGAGAGCGUAGAAACCAACCUUCCGCAUUUCUCAAGAACCGAAGCAAGGACGUUGUAUGACAACAUUGAUGACAGUGAACUUAUUCUAGAAGACGGUGUCCCCACUUCACCUACAUAUCCCAACAGGCAUAUCCAAAUAAGAAAUUCUCUAACAGAGAUUGAAGAACUCAAGACUGGCUAUGAACACCUCAGUCCAGCCAGUGAUGACGGUGCCACUCCAUACAAUGUUGUUGUAGUCAGUUCUGGUGAAGAUGAGGCAGUCGGCAGUAAGAACAGUGAGAGCCCAUCAUCCGUCAGCUCAGAAAUUCAUUGUUAUCCUAACAUAAUUCGCGUGGGCCGAGGUUUCAGUGAGCUGAGUGACAAUGUGCGUGAAUUUUGUGAAAAUGUUGAACAUUCGCCCAAUCUAGACACUGUAAGGUCUGUACCUGAGAACUCUGGGGACAGAAUGUCCCAUUUGAACACUCAGUCUUCAGCAAUGGGAGCAACACUGGCAACAAGGGAGGGAUCUUCAACAGGAAGCAACUUGCAGCUUAUCGCCUCCGGGGAGCAGCAACAGAACACAUGUGGUAGGAUAGAUAUAGCAGAUGAUGAAUUUGAAUUUGUUGAGAAUUAUUUCGACACAAGCUCUGAG